CAGACACACACCUCCCAAAACCCAGCGAGCCUCAGAGCUUUCCCUGCCUGGUGUAACGCUUCCCCGAUCAGCCACUGCCCCAUACAGGUGUUCGUUCCUUCCGUGCCUUUUCAUUCUGAGCGACUGCACGACGCACCAAUCAACAGACGGAAUGAGUAAGCCGCCACCAAUCGGCGGGCGGGGAUUGCAACUAGAGCUUCAGAACGUGAGGCCAGAACAACUGUGAAAUGCUGAGGGACACGGAGCUGCUUCGUCGUUGUAUUAUUUCUACUUCCAUCCAAAGGGGCUCUAAGAAAAGCUAGCACCGCGCACAGUCUGCCUUCUUUCGUACCGCAAAGCGCAUUUCGGCAUUGGACUCAACAACUGGAUGCACUUAGGGGAAUAAGCAAGAUAAAGACCCCGGCAGUGCCGCACUAAGGACCCCCCAAUUCCUUGCUCGCCUCUAGCAAUGGCCAGGAGAUCUCCCGGCUCUGGCAAGGAGGAGGACUUCUCCUUCGUUAGCCCUGUGGUGAAAUAUCUUCUGUUCUUCUUCAACACGCUGUUCUGGGUAAUAUCCAUGGUGAUGGUGGGUAUUGGAGUUUACGCCCGACUUUUAAAACAUGCUGAGGCUGCUAUGGCCUGCCUCGCUGUGGAUCCCGCCCUGUUGCUUAUUGGAGUUGGGAUUUUAAUGUUCCUCAUCACAUUCUGUGGUUGCAUUGGAUCUCUGAGGGAAAACAUCUGCCUGCUGCAAACAUUCGCAAUUUGUCUGACACUUGUCUUCCUUCUCCAGCUGGCUGUGGGCAUUGUGGGGUUCAUCUUCUCAGAUAAGGCACGUGGAAAAGUAAGUGAAAUUAUCAGUAAUGCCAUUGAACAUUAUCGUGAUGACCUUGACUUGCAAAAUCUCAUAGAUUUUGGGCAGAAGGAGUUUAGUUGCUGUGGAGGUAUCUCUUACAAGGACUGGUCCCAGAACAUGUAUUUCAACUGCUCCUCCGAAAACCGCAGUCGGGAGCGCUGCUCUGUGCCCUACUCUUGCUGCCUACAUGAUGAAGAUGAGGCAGUCAUCAACACCUUGUGCGGACAGGGAAUGCAGGAGCUCGACUAUCUAGAGGCAGGGGCGUUUAUCCAUACCAAUGGCUGCAUUGACAGACUUGUUAACUGGCUUCACAGUAAUCUUUUCCUGCUGGGAGGUGUGGCCUUGGGACUGGCAAUUCCACAGCUGGUUGGAAUCCUCCUGUCCCAGAUUCUCAUCAAUCAAAUUCGGGAUCAGAUCAAGCUACAGAGGUAUAACCAGCAGCACAAGACAGACCCUUGGUAUUGACAGAGGGGCAGGUGUUUGCGCCCAACUGUGCUUUAAAUGAUAACUGCAGUAUUCCUCCUGGGCCCGGAGAAGCACUAGCAAGUCACACUGGCUGCCACAGAACGCUUUAAUUAUGUGGAAGUACAUAGGAAGGGGUACAGUGAAGCAGCUUCACCUCCCAAAAGAGCUUCUAAUUGUCCUAACAGAGGCUGCAUUGUGGCAUUUUGAUUUAAUGUAUUUUAGAGAGCUUAGCACCCAAGAGCUAAAGACUGCAAUUAUGUGGAACCAAGUAAGACAUUUACUUGAUUUAUAUACAUCAGUGCAGUCCAGAAAUAAAAGCAUCCGUACUGUCCAAACAAGGUGUGCUAUUAUAAGAGGAAUGUUCUAAAUGCUUGGGCAUUUUUUUAUCGUUGCAAUUAAUAUUUAUUUUCUGAUACACAAAAAAAUGAUAGAGAAUUUGAAUAGUUUGAAAUUAUUUCCAAAAUCAUUAGCCUUUUCUAAUCUUUUCUUCAGUGCAUACUCACACAGGGCCACAUAGGCUUACCAGAUCUUUCUCUCUAUUAUUAGGCUUCUUUCUUUUUCAGAAGAAGACUGAAUGAUUCUUGCUAUAUGGAGCCUUUAGAAUAUGUUGAACAUAUUCUAUCAUUUUUGUAACAGAAGCCAGACAAAGCAAAUAUAUAGUCACAUUUGAGUGAAAUAUGGGUUUGUAAACUGGCUCUGUAAAGCGCUGCAGAAUAUGUUGGUGCUAUAUAAAUUAAUGAUAACAGCUAAAUUUAAAGUUACCCUAACCCUGAAUUAAGGGGCACUACAUAGAUGUAUGUACUGUGUAAAUGUUUAAAAAGCAAACCAAACUAAUAUAUUUGAGCUAAGGCUUGAUCAGGGAUCACAUUAGAAUGCAAACUCCAAGUCCAUGAGUAGUAAUUUUUUGUAAGGACACUACACCGUACUUUAUAGUUAAAGCAACCUUAAGGUCAAUUUUUCAGCACUUUUCAGUCUACAGGCUAACCAGAUGUAUUUGUUUGGUCAGCCUGACAAAUGGAUGCUAAAUUGCGCUGAGCUGGAGACAGUGCACAAUCAUUCUCUUCUGUGCUCACCCAUGACUCAUAGCAUGCCAGGGGGUCAAGAAACAAUCUUGUUUUUCUUUUUGUUAUGUGAGAUUGACUCUGGUGCCUAUUGGGGGUCAUUUGUGAAAACAAUUACAGGUAUGGGGCCUAUUAUCCAAAAUGCUUGGGACCCAGGGUUUUCUGGAUAAGGGAUCUUUGUGUAAUUUGGAUCUCCAUAAAAAAUAAUUUAAACAUUAAUAAAACCCAAUAGGAUUGUUUUACCUCCAUUAAGGAUAAAUAUCUUUGUAGGGAACAAGUUCAAGGCAUUGUUUUUUUUUCAUUACAGAGAAAAAGGAAAUCAUAGUUAAAAAUUUUAAUUAUUUGCUUAUAAUGGAAUCUAUGGGAGGUGGCCCUUCCUUAGUUCUGAGCUUUCUGGAUAACUGGUUUCCAGAUAAUGAAUCCUAUACCUGUAAUAAACAUCCACUAUAAUUUUUGGCACAUGUUUGCAUUGAUUACCUUGCCCUAUUAGGGUCACCCAGUAUUGUCAGCAAGAAUAUGAAGAACUUAUGUGCUAAGAACCUGUGUUAGAAGGAUUCAAGGUGUUUGAUCUGUGCUUGUACUGCAGACAGGCCAUGCUGUUUUUUUGAAGAAGACUUUGAUGUACAGAGCAGUAUAAGUUGACUAUGACAUGGAUUAUGUAGAAAGCUUAAAAGGGUAAAGGUAAAAUCUCAAGAAAGUUCUACCACUAUAUUUUCUCUUAAAGGGAUGGUUCACCUUUAAGGUUAACUUUUAGUAUGUUAUAGAAUGGCCUAUUCUUAGCAACCUGGUUGCUAGGUUAAAUUGGGCCCUAGCAACCAGCUGAAAUAAUUCUAAAUUGGAAGCUGCUGAACAGAAAACUAAAUUCAAAAACCACAAAACAUGAAGACCAACUACAAUCUGGAGCAUUUGUUUCUGUACAUAAUACAAAAGUUAAUUUAAAGGUGAACAUUUAUGGUCACAUUUAUAUAUGGUAAGUGUGACUUUACUACAGGUAUGGGCGACAACACCCCAAGAAGCCUUUCAUGGGCAAAUAGAUCUCUGUGAUGUUUCUCCAAAGAGCUUGAUAGUGUUUGGAUUUGCCACUAAAAAGAGCUGUUAGUGCAGCUGGGGAAUAGAAUGCUGCUGUGCCCAGAAGUUUCAUGUUUUCCCCAAUACAAAGCAUGAGCCAUAAUUUCCAUAAAUGUGAAUUUGCUGCAUAAUGGAUAUAGGGAAAAUGAUCCAUUAUAUUUACAUGUAAAAACUAUCACUUUAUGAAAUGUUGGUUCUGUGGUUGUGCACUGAAUAUUUCUACAGUCCGAAUAUUUAAAAUCUUGUCUCAUCUUUCUCGUGCUCACAUUUACUCAUUCUGUGAAUGGCUUUAAAUAUUCUAGUUUUUGUGUAACAGCCCCCACAGUUAAACAUGUCCUUGUAGUCUGUUACAGAAGCGCAUUCCACCAUUUUAUUUUUAUGUAUACUUGCUCCCAUGAUGUAAUGAUGUCUUUCUUAAUUAAAGCUUCAGAAGAUUCCACAUCCCUAAAAUUUGGGGGUUCUAUAAUUUAAUUGAUAUGUAGGUCCAAAGAAUAACUGAAGCUGCUUUAACAAUCAUUACACAGUGAUCACUGCUGGGUAAUUUAUAAGUUCGGAAGAUAUUAGUGUAUUUGGCUUUAAUGAACAUUAUACAUAGGAAAAUUGAGAAGAAAGCUAUUCAGUCAUACAAGCGUAGAUGGUAUAUGGCCACCUUUAUAAAUACAGGUAUGGGACCUGUUAUCCAGAAUGCUCGGGACCUGGGGUUUUCCAGAUAA